CGUUUACUUAGAUCGUCAGCUUAAUAAGAAAUGGAAGUGGGUGACGGGAAUUAAGUCCAAAGGACGUCAUUAAAGAUCUCAUAUUUCAGAGAGAAUGGAUAACCGGGAUUUUUACAAAAUAUUUCGCGGAUUUCUGGGAUUAAACCGAACAGAUCCAGGGUUCCCACCAGACGAGGAUAGAGACAAAGGAGAUAAAUACUCAGAUCAAGAACAUAGAAAUGAUCCAAACUUUCGAAACUUUCAAGUUUUUACAGACCCUUUAGAAAUACACAAAUUUUUUCAACAAGAGAUGGACGAAAUGUUCAGAAACUUUGGAUUUCAACAACACAGACCAUACUUGGAUGAGAAUGAACCCAACCUACCCAGCAUUAGAGAUUUCUCCGAGAAUGAGAACUUGUCGGACAGAGACAUGAUGUUAAAACAGGACGAUAUUUACCACGAUAGAAAGAGAGAUACUGAUUUCGACGAAAAAGAUUUAUCUUCAAACGAUCUAACGGAUAUCUUCAAGAACCCACCUACACAAGAUUCAAGAGAAGGACAAAUACUUAAACCUAGAGACUUCGACGACAGAGCCAACUCUCCUGGAUCUUCUUUUCCCGGGUUUGGAGAUCCUGAAUCUGCUCUGAGAGGGUUCGGUUUUGGUUUCCCAGAUUCGAGAGGGUUCGGUUUUGGUUCUCCGGAUUCGAGAGGUUUUGAUUUUGGUUUUCGGUUUGGUUCUGGUGCCCCGGAGUCAGGGGUACAAACAUUCAGCUACAGCCGAUCCAGCAAGACCAUUCGUCGGCCAGACGGAAGUAUUGAGACAGAAGAACGGUCAAGGAACCCCGAUGGCAGUGAGACAGUAAAAAUCACGAGAAUUGUUGGAGGAGAAAAAGAAGAAACCAUAAUCCAGCAGAACCCUGAUACUCCUGGUUCGGGUCGGAGUGGCAGGGACGGAUUAGUUCAAGAUUUCAAUAUAUUCGAUGGAAUAGACAGGGGCGGAAGAAUCGGAGAAAAUCCAACCGAACCUUCAAUAAUCCCUCCUCCUGCGGAUAAGAAAUAUAGCUCUAUAUUUUCAAAGUUCUUUGGAAAUUAGAAAUUUUAAUUAUAAAUUCUUUUAAAACCUGGGAAUGUUUUUGUUUGCCGCUAUUCCCAACAGUGAUAUAUUUAUACUUGAUAAAUAGCUAAUCUAUGAGCCUAAAAUUAGAACUUAAAUUUUGAUAAAUUUCAGA